GAGUGCCAGUUUUGCUCCAGAAACCAGUUGCUAGUUUGGAGAUGAAAUGCGAGUCACUGGGGAACCCUGAACCAUCGGUAACAUGGACAAAGAAUGGAAAAGAGUUGCACUACAGCAGCAGGCCUAUUGCCCAGCGGCUCACUGAGGAUCCAGUCUCCAAACAAGGCGGACGAGGGUCUGUACACCUGUACUGCCAGGAACCGUCUUGGAUAUACAUCUCUUUCGUCUUUGCUGCAUAUUACAGGUGGCAAAGGAAGAAACUGUGUCCAAGGUAACAAUAUGGGAGUGACAGGCCCUCAUUGCCCUGAGAGGACAAACAGCAGCCAGUCAGCUGAGCUGUGUCAUGGACAAGACUGCCCCUUCAGGUGGCGAGUGGAUCCUUGGGCAACAUGCUCAGCCACUUGUGGAGGUGGAUCCCAGACCAGGAGUGUCCGCUGCAUGAAGGGUCCUGAAGGCAGGUCAAGAGAGGUGGAGAGCCAGCACUGCAUUGGCACAGGGAGAAGACCCUCUGACACCAGGCAAUGCAACCUUCUGCCCUGUGCUAGAUGGGCCACUACCCACUGGGGGCCGUGUCAUGGUCAAUGUGUGGGUCCCAGUUUGGCUGCACAGCACCGCCAUGUUUACUGCCAAGACACAAACGGAACCAAAGUCCCCUACAGGAUGUGCAGUGGACUCCAAAGGCCCAGCUCCCUGAAGAAUUGCUCCACAGAGGCAUGUGCCCUUCAUUGGCGAGUAGGGCCGUGGACACAGUGCACCGCCACCUGUGGACGACAUGGUUUCCAGUCACGCCAAGUGACCUGCACACACCGCCAAACUGGCAAGGCUAUGCGUGAGCAUCACUGCAUGUGGAGGCCACGCCCUCCUAGCUGGCAGCGAUGCAAUAUUUUGUCCUGUGGCAGAGCCGCAGACUGUCGAGACAGCACAAAGUACUGUGAGAAGGUUCGACAGCUGGAGCUCUGUGUGCUGCCUCAGUUUAAGAACCGCUGCUGUCACUCCUGCCGAAACACCUGAGAUGGAGAUGUGAGACGAGGGCCACGGACAACCUGGAUAGGUCAGAGAAGGUGCUCAGAAUGCCAACAGAGACUUCUUUAACUCACCCUAACACCCACAACUGUCUUCAGGGAACAGUCUUGGAUGGGGAUACUUGAGUGUGGAGGAAUUUUUAGACGGUCAUACCUCAAGUGGUUGUGAUCUACUUUCCUCUAAGAUGCCAUGGGUGGUUUGAAUUUAAAAGUAUUGUUUUGGAGAGAAGUGACAUGUCACUUAAUGAAGGCUUCAGUUUUACUUCUUUUCUUAAAAUCUGAAGUUAAUUUCAAUAGCUUUCUUAAAUUAUGCAAAUGUGACUAUGAAACAUUUCUAUUGUGAGUAAUAGAAACUUGUGCUGACUGCAUGGUUUCAUAUCUAAGGGGGAACUCAUGAAGAGGCAUUAUGUCAGUGACACAUGAUCCACACACAUGGUAUUGGGUUUAGUUUCAGGGUUUUUCCUUAAAAAACAAUGCCACACCUCCAUAUUCUAGCAGCAUUAUUCCACAUCCAAAAUAGGGUGUUAAAAUGCAUGUUAUCAUGCAACGUAACACGUAAUAUACAAAAUAUGUCAGCAUACCCAAGAUAUCUGAAUUUGUGAUAACCACUGGAUAGUUGUGUGAUUUUACUGCAAUUAUCUCCAAAACAGUGUUGUUAAACAGUUUAGAUACUAAAUGAGCUUUUAUUAAUGUGGUGAACUGAAAUACAGCAUAAUGCUGCAUAUAAAGGGGAAAUAGCUAACAUGACUAAAAGUCUAACAUUUGAUAAAUGGUAUACAUCUGAAAAACCAGCCACCUGGAAAAUAGAUCAUGAACUGUGCUACCAUUUUGUUGACCACAAUGAUUGGUCAAGUCAUUAAAAGAGGAAAGAAAUUAGGGCUGGACUUGUUUUAACUGCAUUUUUGGCAGAAUAGAAAGUAGGACAAGAUUAAGAUUUCUCUUGCAUGGGUUGCACUAAUGGAGGUGUAUGACUGAAGCAAAUAGUUUUUGGGAAAAAAGACACUCAUUUUGCACUCAGAACUCAUCCAAGUCUUUGUUAAGAACAUGGCUUGUAGAGUUUUUUUUAAUCUAAUUUGUUGUUAAAGUUACAUUGUUUAUAUUUUGUUUUGUGAUUUUGAUAUUUCUUGGAAAGAUUUUUGUCAAAAUGUCCCUUUAACCACUUUGUGAUGUUAUAGCACGUAAUGAAUCUUAAUUCAUUCUGUCCACCAAACAUUUCAGAAAGAAUCUGACUCAGAUUUGAAACCUCUUUUAUGUAAAUAUUUUGCCUUACAGCACACAUUGUUAGCUGAAAUAAUCCUCUCUUGCAGCUUUAGUAAAAAUGACCUCUGUGUCAUUAUAGUUGUGGGUCAAAACAGUAGGGAAGUUUUUAAAAUCAUUAUUUAUGUACAGCACGUUGCCACAUAGGCAGGGUUUGCACUUUUGACAUUAUGUGCUCAGUUCAAUAAUGCUUAGAAGACAUCUUCAAGUGCAACAUACUUUAAUAGCAGACUACUUGGCCUUUCAUUGAGGUGUGAUUAUUUGAUUUUAUGAGAGAAAAACAUUAUUAACAUAUUAUGUUUGCUCUUAAGUUAUGUAGAUAUUUGUUUUGUCUUCAAACUAUUUAUUUUCAUGUGUGUUCUUGUGCAUAGUUUUGUAAAUAAUUACUGGGGUGGGUUUUAAGUAUUCAUUUCCCUUCAACUGGUGGUAUUUGAUGUGCAUGCAAUGGGGACCCUCUGCUGGUGACUUGAUGUGUUGCUCUCUGCUCAUACCUGGUUAAUCAUGAAAUAAAACCAAACACAUUCCUUUUAUAAGCC